AUGUCACAAACUACAACAGUCGCAGAAUAUUUGUUCACACGCCUAAAGCAAUUGGGCGUUGGUGCGGUCCACGGCAUCCCUGGAGACUACAAUCUCCACUUGCUGGACUAUGUCGAACCCUCUGGACUCCUCUGGGUUGGCAACACCAACGAACUCAAUGCCGGAUAUGCCGCGGAUGGGUAUGCGCGGAUCAAAGGCAUAGGAGCUCUGGUCACCACAUAUGGAGUCGGCGAGCUAUCAGCCAUUAAUGCCAUUGCCUGUGCGUUUACCGAGCGGGCGGCCGUCGUACAUAUCGUUGGCACACCCCCUCGAAACACACAAGCAUCCCGUCUGAUGGUACACCAUACCCUCGGGGAUGGAGACUACCGACACUUUAGCCAGAUGCAAUCGCACGUUACUGUGGCACAGACUAAUUUGCUCGAUCCUCGUACUGCGCCUCGGCAAAUCGAUCAAAUACUGGAGCAAUGUAUUCUGCACUGCAGACCGGUCUACAUUGAAGUUCCUCUAGAUAUUGUUUCAGCCCCAGUCAUUGCAGAGGGCCUCAUUCAUGAGAUUGCGAUCCCAGAACCUGUCCCAAAUCCUGUCUACGACGGGAUAUUAGACAAAGUCCUCGAGAGGAUGUAUGGAGCAGAACAACCUCUCAUUCUCGUGGACGGAGAAGCCAGAGCGCUGGGCAUCCUGGACCAUAUUGAAAAAAUCGUGUCUUCAACGUUAUGGCCUACAUUCACGACAACUUCCGGUAAAGGCCUCGUCAAUGAGACGUUCCCCAAUGUCUAUGGCAUCUAUCGCGGCAGUUUUGCAGACGCCAGCUUAAAGGCUUUCAUCGAUAGCUCGGAUCUAGCUUUGUACUUUGGACCACACCUCAGCUCCACCAACACUUACAAUUGGACUGGGGUGCCCAAGUCAGCCGCCACCAUCUACUUUGCUUGGGACGGUAUCAAGAUUGGUGACGUGCUCCAUCGCGACAUUUCACCAGCAUAUGCGCUCACCCAACUCCUACAGAAAUUUGACUUGAAAAAACUGAAGAAACACGACAGCUGUCCGACCUUUCCUCGUGAGCAACCUUUAUCAUUCUCAGAAGUGUCUACGGACGCCCCUAUCAAGCAAGACAAAGUCUGGCGCCUCAUCACAUCCUUCUUGCGGCCAGGAGAUAUCGUCUUCGGUGAAACAGGAACUGCAGGAUAUGGCGUGCGAGAGAUGCUCCUACCCAAGCACACGAGACUCUUUACCCCUAUUACCUGGCUUUCUAUCGGGUAUAUGCUACCGGCCUGUCAAGGCGCAGCAUUAGCUCAGCGCGAGUUAAUAGCCUCGUCCAAAUACCACGACCUUACCCACGCCCGAACCAUUUUGUUCAUCGGCGACGGUAGCUUUCAGAUGACAGUCCAGGAACUCGCCACCAUCAUUAGACACAAUCUCAACGUAGUAGUGUUUUUGAUCAACAACGACGGCUACACAAUAGAGCGCUGCAUUCAUGGCAUGAAAGAAGGCUACAAUGACAUUUCCACUUGGCGCUACCUAAAAGCACCCAGCUUUUUUGGAGCUCCAGAAGACGCUUUCACUGCGUCCGCGAGGACGUUUGGCGAGCUCCGGCAGGUGCUAGAUCAUGAGAGGCUCGCCGAUGGAACAGGAAUAAGAAUGGUGGAAAUUCAUGUGGAUCGCUUUGAUGCGCCGGCUGGACCGCUGGCUGUGUUGCUCAACCAGCAAAAACCGCCGCAGGGUGUCGAUGCCUGA